AUGACGCAACUCAGUUGGCAGGAUGCCACCAUCGAAUGGUUUGGCGCCACAACGUUCCGACUGCAAGCAAAAGGGUUGACAAUCUUUCUUGAUACGUGGUUGGAGAGGCCGAGUGUCAUGCCAACGUUCCUUCGUAUCGACGAAGUGACUCAUGCCGACUACAUCUUUAUCUCCCAUGCACAUUUCGAUCAUUUACCAGGUUGUGACCGCUUAGCGAAGCAGACAGGCGCUAUCGUGAUAGCGAACGGUGAAGCCAUCAACGUUCUGAGAGGUGCCGGCGUCCCAGAGGAACAACUCCUGCCAGUUGCCGGCGGCGAACGGAUCCCUCUAUUCCUCAGCAAGACACGUCAGGAUGCAACGGGUGGAAAAUGUCGUCUCGCUGGAGGGCCGCCAGGAGCACCACCUUUACCACAUUCGGAUCUUGCAGUAGCCGAAGUCCAUGUUUGGCCAAGCCUUCAUUGCCUCUUACCUGGCCAAAGUCAUGCCGAUAUUCCGGACGUGAUGGACACAGGCACCAAGUACAGCGGCAGCAGUCCAUAUGCUUGCACCAUUGACAUUACGCGGGGUAUGCGGUAUGGUCUUCUACGCUUGGGUGAGAUUGUACCGGCGGAGCGCCUUGACGAUGGCGAGAAAUCUUUCGUCGAGUAUGUCGCGGACACGAAGCGCAAUGUGAUGAGUAACUUUGAUGGCGGUCAGCUAUGUUUCUCCUUGCUGGUUGAUGAACGAACUUUGUGCUGGAACGGGCAUCUCGGAGGCUACAGUGCAAUCCUUCAGACCAUCCGCCCCCAGCCUGACGUUCUGAUACAGGCUAUUGCUGGCCGUGCCAACAUAGAUGGGUGGCCAUUUGAUGGUAGCGCCGCUGAAGCCGCCUCGGACAUAUGUCGAUGGCUGGGACAGCCUCAGCGAGUGAUCUGGUGUUUGCACGACGAUGCGCCCAUCAAGCCUUGGCGGAUAGAUACGAAAGCGGCGACGGAGAUGGUUGAGGCUGUCACUAAGUCUCGCAUUCACUCGCUGGAUCAUGCGGUCAAGGUGAAAGUGUUCCCGAGCUAA